UAUGCAUGUACUAUCUAAGUAUACUGCUGUAAAAGUAUCUGAACUAGGUCAACAACUCAUUUAGCGUGGUCAUGUUGGCCUCUGCUUUGGUUUAGCUUAGAGAUUGCUUCUGCGGCUGCAGCUAUGACAACGUUUUAUUAGGAUUUUCGAGGUUAUUACCACUUUGAUUGCGCCAAAGUGCCGCAUUCCGUAUUGAACAGCGCAUGGAUAUUGAUAUCGAAUAGAACCUGUACAGUUCAUAAAUACAAAGUGGAAUGAGUUUUAGAAUUUAUUUACUAUUUUUGGCAAUAUUUAAUGUCAUGCAACCGCAAUGUUGCCAAUUAAGUGCCAUCGCUGAGCGACAGAAACGUUGGGUACCGGCGUUGAUAUUUCCACCGACCAGUCCGACGCGUGUGCAGUGGAUAGCAGGUAUUGGUAUACCCCUGGAGGAUUUACUGUACGAGGCCAUGACCACCGGUUAUGUACUCAAAGCCGAAUAUUUUCUACCUGAUAACGUAACUAGACUCUUUACCAUAACACGCAUGCCAUUCACGGCACGGCAAAUGACGAAAUUCGAACGCUUCCUGGCGAAGGCGGAUGAGUGGAAGCGUUAUGCCGCUUGGGAGCAACACUUGAGUGAGAAUCGUAAGGUGUUGUCCAGCUAUAGGUGGUCCAUCUACAAAGCGCUCGAGGGCUUAGCGGAGCGCAUUGCACCUUCGGGACGCGACUGUGUAUUGAAGACCAUUUGUGAGGCCGCAGAGACGCCAUUUCAUUACGGUAAUGGCUUAUUUGGCGAAUUAUUGCACAUACUGUUGACUCCCUCCUCCUCGGUGGAUGAACUGUCAGAGCAUGCGGAUAAUGAAUAUUUCUAUGCUGAGUCAAUAGGUCGCUCCGGCGCGGACUGCAGUCUGGUUUUUCAGGGGUGUAAGAAGUCAUUAUUGGAACAUUUUUCGGAUGUUAGAACUUUCAAGGAUAUGAUCUGGAAGCAGGUCGGGCAAUUUGGGUAGGUUAAUGCAAAAAGAUGUGAGAUUAUUUACAUUAAAGUAAUACAUAUACUUGCCUGA